GCUCUGUGCCCGGCCCGAUGAGGACGCUACUGACCAUCCUGGCUGCGGGAUCCCUGGUUGCUCACAUUGCUGAGGAAACCUCGGAUCUUCUUCAGCAUGUGAAAUUCCAGUCCAGCAACUUCGAAAACAUCCUGACUUGGGACAGCGGGCCGGAGAGCGCUCCAGACACGGUCUACAGUGUCGAGUAUAAGAUGUAUGGAGAGAUAGAGUGGCUGGCGAAGAAGGGCUGCCAGCGGAUCACCAGGAAAUCCUGCAACCUCACCAUGGAGACAGGCAACCUCACGGAGCAGUACUAUGCCAGGGUCACCGCCAUCAGCGGGGGAGUCCGGUCAGCCCCCAAGAUGACCGACCGGUUCAGCUCACUGCAAGACACUACAAUCAAACCACCUGACGUGACCUGUAUCCCCAAGGUGAGAUCCAUCCAGAUGAUUGUCCAUCCCACCUACACACCCAUUCAUGCAGAGGACGGCCACCAGCUAACCCUGGAGGACAUCUUCCAUGACCUGUUCUACCACUUAGAACUCCGCCUCAACCACACGUACCACAUGCACCUUGAAGGGAAGCAGAGAGAAUACGAGUUCGUUGGCCUGACCCCUGACACGGAGUUCGUUGGAACCAUCAUAAUUUAUGUUCGAACGUGGUUCAAAGAGAGUGCCCCCUACGUGUGCCGAGUGAAGACACUGCCAGACCGGACGUGGACCUACUCCUUCUCGGGUACCUUCCUGUUCUUCAUGGGCUUUCUGGUGGCAGUUCUCUGCUACCUGAGCUACAGAUACGUCACCAAGCCACCUACACCUCCCAACUCCCUGAAUGUCCAGCGUGUACUGACCUUCCAGCCUCUGCGCUUCAUCCAGGAGCACAUCCUCGUCCCCGUCUUUGACCUCAAUGGCCCCAGCAGCCUGGCCCAGCCUGUCCAGUACGCCCAAGUCAUGGUCUCUGGGCCCAGGGAGACCCCAGGAGCCCCACCGCUGCACAGCCUAUCUGAGAUUGCCUACCUCGGGCAGUCGGAAAUCUCUAUUCUCCAGUCCCCUGGAGUGCCAUCUCACCGGGCGCUCUCCCCACUGUCCUAUGCUCCCCAGGCUGCCCCUGAGGUCAGACCCCCAUCCUACACACCUCAAGUCACCCCUGAAGCUCAAGCCCCAUUCUACACUCCACAGUCCAUCUCUAAGGUCCAGCCGCCUUCCUACAACCCUCAAGCCACUCGGAACAGCUGGCCUCCUUCCUAUGGGAUGUGCGUGGAAAGCUCUGGCAAAGAUUCCCCACCUGUGACAUCCUCUAGUCCCAAAUACCUCAGGCAAAAAGGUCAGCUCCAGAAAGAGGCACCGGCUGGACGCUGCACUGCAGGUGAACUUUCUCUGCAGGGGGUGGCCUGCUUGGCCACAGAGGAACUCCAAGAAGCAAAAUCCCUCCACCAGCAUUUGGGGGCUGACACAGACAGAGCACCUGACAUUAAUGUGCCACACAGAGGGGACCCAGGGACACCAGGGUACCUAAAGGGCCAGCUGCCUCUCCUCUCCUCUGUCCAGAUCGAAGGUCACCCGGUGUCCCUCACUUUGGACACUCCUUCUCUCCCAUGUUCACCUACGGACCAGGUUUCAAGUCCCUGGGGCCUGCUGGAGUCCCUUGUAUGUCCCAAGGACAAAAGUCCAGUGUCUGAGACUGACGCCAAGAGCCCGGCCCUUCCAGGCUCACACCUGGAGCAGCCUGCAGAGCUGGACUCUCUUUUCAGAGGCUUGGCCUUGACCGUGCAGUGGGAAUCCUGAGUAGAACACAGGGCAGGCCUGGGACUGCCUCCCGGUCUCCACUCCAAUCUCACAUCCUCGGCUGUCAUUCCCAACCAUGCUGCUCACACAGCCCAACCUCAGGCGGGAGCCCUUGAGAGAACCAGAGGAUGCUGGGGCCCUGCCAUGGCUGAGCUCCCGUUAGAGCAAAAAGGCACAGUGAGGACUCCAGCCAGGGGAGUUAUGGGCAUGCAUUACAUGCAAAUGGGCGUGUGCGUGCAGAGCUCUGCAGGGCAGGACGGGACAGUCAGUGUGACGCAUUAACACAUGGUGACUUUGCAGAAAUUCGGGGCCCAGCACCUAGCAUGCUGGACACAAAGUUCUCCAGGAGCCGACCUCUCUCCACACCCUUCCCUGGUUGGUUUCAUCAUCUAACUCAACAAAGAGUGAGGUCUCUGCCUCCUCUGUGAUUCCUCAGGUGAGUAAAGAAUCCUGGAAAUGAACACCUCAUGGCAGGCUGGGCAGAACCAGAACAACCUGCUAUCCUGCCAAGGUCAGAGGCAGCAUGAUGGGGAGACUCCAGGGAGGGGUGUGGCCUGGGCUCACUUCCAGCCAAGGCUACUGCCCGAAGUUGCACCAUUUCAACUUCAUUCCUCUGCUCAAGGCUGUAUCCCAAGUGAAAUGCAGGACUACUGGGGAGGGAGAGCACAUACACCCUUUCUGCCGGCAGGAGUUUCAGAUCCUACCCUGAGAGCAGAGCUUGAAAGGAAUGUGGGGCAAUGUGUUCCCUGAAGGAGACACAACAACAAACUGUACUUGCUUCACAACUUUGGAAACUCAGCCUUGGGCUCAGCCCAUCAUCUGAGUUCCAAUUCCAGCCUCAUCACUUACCAGCUGUGUGACUUCAAGCAAA